AUGCUUCCAUACUUAAAAGGCCAAAACGUUUUUGGUUAUAUUGAUGGUUCUCUCAAACAACCAUCCAAGGAGUUUACUGAUGCUACCGGCACCACAUCUCAAAAUCCCCUGUUUGAAAUUUGGGAAACUCAAGACAACUUAAUUCUUAGCUGUCAUAAUGACUCACUCACUGAUGAAGUUCUUGCACAAGUCGCCCAUUGCACUACCUCUCGUGAAGUGUGGCUUACUCUCACCUCUUCAUUUGCUUCUCAAUCCAGGGCUCAGGUCAUUCAGGUGCGGACUCAACUUUCAACAGCCCGCAAAGUUAAUCAGACGACAAGCAAAUAUUUCAUGCACAUCAAACGUCUAGCAGACACUCUUGCCAUUGCCGGACAACCUUUAAACAACGAUGACCUCACCACUUAUUUACUUGCUGGUUUGGGACCAGAAUAUGACUCGCUGGUCACCAUAAUUUCUACCCGAGAUGAAUCACUCACACUUGAGGAGGUCUACUCUAUGUUUCUUACCUGUGAGGCCCGGAUCACUAAUCACUCUCAGUCUUCCCCUAUCUCAAAUGCCUCAGCCAAUGUAGCUGCAAGGCAGCCCAACUCAUUUGGAAAUUGUGGCUGUAACAAUUCUAGUAAAAGCCGUGGCUUUGGAGGCUCAUCUCGAGGCAAUGGUUGA